UGUUGAUAAAAUCGUCAGUGCUGAGACAGUAGCUUCUGGCUAGCUGAAGUUUUUGGUCGGAUAUGUGCUGCUAGAGUCAUUAAAACGCAUAGAACUAAUAGGAGAGAUUGGGCAAUGUGAUUAAUUUACCCAUUCUUUCGCGAGAAAAUCUACAUCUGUUCUGAUACCGAAUUAAGGAAGUGCCAGGGCUGAGUGUCAGCAGCCAGCCUCCCCCUCCCCACCCCCCGGCUGAGACCCCCCCCUUCUUCUCUCCUGCGCGUGGACAUGGACCCCCUCGCUUCCCGAUUCUCUGCAUGACGGGACUCCGCCCCGGAAUCUUCCCCCAAGAUGGAGAGGAAACGGAGAAAGAAAUGAGAGCGAGCUGCCCCCUUUCGACCAAGGAUUCCGUGCUAAGGACCGUGCGACCCUCGACCCCAAGCUCUUCCCUUUAAACCCAUGCCAUUUCGCCUGCCGAUUUCAACGCUGUAGUCAUUUACUGUGGUGAGCAGCUCCCCCUGGUGGCUGGGAGGAUAUAAGGCCUGUGUUUGGCCUACUCUAAGGGACCCUGGGUUGGUUCUGUGGGGUGCGCUACCACCAGCACCAUGGCUCUGGUGAACUUGUGGACCUCCAUGCUGGUGGUCCUCCUCUGGGUGGGGCUUCCGCUUAUGGAUACAGUUCCUGGGCAUACAAACUCUUCCACCCCUGACAUCCCCCCUGCCACGACUGGGCUCCCCUGUCAGAACUGCUCCCAGGUCACCCUCAAAAUGGAAUUUUCCACCAGCAUUGUCGCCCAUGAGUACAUCGUGGUGUUUAACGGCUACUUCACGGCGAAGGCGCGGGGCCACUUCAUCGGCAGCGCCCUGCGGGGCUCGGAGGUGCUGGACUGGCGCAUCGUCCCGCGGGACAACCCUGCCAGUGACUAUCCCAGCGACUUCGAGGUGGUGCAGAUCCGCCAGGCCUCGCGGGACGGGCUGCUCUCCCUGCAGGACCACCCCUACAUCAGGAGGGUCACGCCCCAGAGGAGGGUGCUGCGCAGCCUCAAGUACAUCGAUGCUCCCUGUAACGAGUCGCGCUGGUCUCAGAAGUGGCAGUCGUCGCGGCCGCUGCGCAGGACCAGCCUGUCUCUGGGCUCGGGCUUCUGGCACGCCACGGGCCGCCACUCCAGCCGCCGGCUGCUCCGCGCCAUCCCCCGCCACGUGGCCCAGAUCCUGCAGGCCGACGUGCUGUGGCAGAUGGGCCAUACGGGCUCUGGGGUGAAGGUGGCCGUCUUUGACACGGGACUGAGCGAGAGGCACCCGCACUUCAAGAACGUGAAGGAGAGAACCAACUGGACCAAUGAGAAAACCCUGGAUGAUGGGCUGGGGCACGGGACCUUCGUGGCGGGGGUCAUCGCCAGCAUGAGGGAGUGCCACGGAUUCGCCCCCGAUUCGGAGCUGCACAUCUUCAGAGUGUUCACCAACAACCAGGUGUCCUACACAUCCUGGUUCCUGGACGCCUUUAACUACGCCAUCCUGAAGAAGAUGGACGUGCUCAACCUCAGCAUCGGAGGGCCCGACUUCAUGGACCAUCCCUUUGUGGACAAGGUGUGGGAGCUGACCGCCAACAAAGUCAUCAUGGUGUCUGCUAUCGGAAACGACGGGCCUCUAUAUGGGACCCUGAAUAACCCAGCCGAUCAGAUGGAUGUGAUCGGGGUCGGGGGGAUUGAUUUUGAGGACAACAUCGCCCGCUUCUCUUCCCGGGGAAUGACCACAUGGGAGUUGCCGGGGGGCUAUGGCAGGGUGAAGCCUGACAUCGUGACGUACGGCUCUGGAGUGCGUGGCUCCGGGAUGAAGGAGGGCUGCCGCUCUCUGUCCGGAACCAGCGUAGCCUCGCCUGUGGUUGCCGGGGCGGUCACCUUGCUCGCCAGCACGGUGCUGAACCGGGAGCUGGUGAACCCCGCCAGUAUGAAGCAGGCCCUCAUCGCCUCGGCUCGACGGCUCCCCGGGGUCAACAUGUUUGAGCAGGGCCACGGAAAACUGGACCUGCUGCGGGCCUACCAGGUCCUCAACAGCUACCAGCCCCAAGCCAGCCUGAGCCCCAGCUACAUCGACCUGACGGAGUGCCCAUACAUGUGGCCCUACUGCUCCCAGCCCAUCUAUUACGGAGGCAUGCCCACCAUCGUCAACGUCACCAUCCUCAACGGCAUGGGCGUGACCGGCAAGAUCGUGGACAAGCCCAUCUGGCAGCCCUACCUGCCCCAGAAUGGCGACCACAUCGACGUGGCAGUGUCCUAUUCGCCCGUGCUGUGGCCCUGGGCGGGGUACCUGGCCAUCUCCAUCUCCGUGGCCAAGAAGGCGGCAUCGUGGGAAGGCGUGGCACAGGGUCAUGUGAUGGUUACCGUGGCGUCGCCGGCCGAGAACGACUCUAAGGUGGGGGGCGAGCUCACCUCCACGGUGAAGCUGCCAGUGAAGGUGAAGAUCGUACCGACUCCUCCACGCAGCAAGAGGGUGCUGUGGGACCAGUACCACAACCUGCGCUACCCGCCGGGCUACUUCCCCCGGGACAACCUGCGCAUGAAGAACGACCCGCUGGACUGGAACGGAGAUCACAUCCACACCAACUUCAGAGACAUGUACCAGCACCUGAGGAGCAUGGGCUAUUUCGUGGAGGUGCUGGGCGCACCCCUUACCUGCUUUGAUGCCAGUCAGUACGGCACUCUGCUGAUGGUGGACAGUGAGGAGGAGUACUUCCCCGAGGAGAUCACCAAGCUCCGCCGCGACAUCGACAACGGCCUGUCCCUCAUCGUCUUCAGCGACUGGUACAACACCUCCGUCAUGAGGAAGGUCAAGUUCUACGACGAGAACACCAGGCAGUGGUGGAUGCCGGACACAGGGGGCGCUAACGUGCCGGCGCUGAAUGACCUGAUCUCAGUGUGGGGCAUGGCCUUCAGUGACGGGCUGUACGAGGGAGACUUCACCAUGGCCGACCACGACAUGUACUACGCCUCAGGGUGCAGCAUCGCUCGAUUCCCCCAGGACGGCAUCGUCAUCUCCCAGACCCUGAAGGACCAAGGGCUGGAGGUGUUGAAGCAGGAGACUGCAGUGGUGGAUGGCGUUCCCAUCCUGGGACUGUACCAAACGCCGUCUGAAGGGGGGGGCCGGAUCGCUCUCUACGGUGACUCCAACUGCAUAGACGACAGUCACAGGCAAAAAGACUGCUUCUGGCUGCUGGACGCCCUGCUGCAGUUCACGGCCUACAGCAUGACCCCCCCGAGCCUCAGCCACUCCAAGAGCCGCACGCCCCCCCCCACGGGCACGGACCGGCCCCUGCCCGAGAGACUGGAGGGUAAUCACCUGUACCGGUAUUCCAAGGUCCUGGAGUCGUACCUGGGAGACCCGAAGCCCCGACCCCUCCCUGCCUGCCCUCACCUGUCCUGGGCCAAACCUCAGCCGCUCAACGAGACGGCGCCCAGUAACCUGUGGAAGCACCAGAAGCUGCUCUCCGUGGACACGGACAAGGUGACCCUGCCCAACGUGCGGGCCUACCGGCCCCAGGUCCGGCCCCUGUCCCCCGGGGAGAGCGGGGCCUGGGACAUCCCGGGGGGCAUAAUGCCGGGGCGGUACAACCAGGACGUGGGGCAGACCAUUCCGGUGUUCGCCUUCCUGGGGGCCAUGGUGGUGCUGGCGUUCUUCGUGGUGCAGCUCACCAAGGUCCGCAGCAAGCCCAAGAGGAGGAAACCGCGGGUGAAAAAGCCGCUGUUCCUGCAGCAGCCCCAGCAGACGCCCCCGGGCAAGACCCCCACCGUCUGACCGCCCCUGACCCCCCCUGUCCCCGACCCCGCCCCGCAGAGAGAGCUUGCCGGCCCGCUGGCCAAUACGGACGACCGCCUCGACUCUCCAACCACGGGGUUUUAGUUUUAUAGUUUCUCUCCUGCCGGACUAAAACCAGGACGGGAACCGUGAUGGAUGUUUGGAGGGCGGUUAGGGGGGUCGGGCCGAGGCGAUGGCGGAGUACGUGAUGGGAGACGGACUUUUGAAAAGCCAGGAGGAAAACCCAACACCCCCCCCUACAUUGAUGAGUUUCAUCUGUGGGAAUGUCGAUGCCUCCU